ACAAGAACAAAAAGGAAAAAGAGAAGAAAGUCACUGAAAUAAGGCCUGCCCAUCCUUGGACAGCGGUCUCGGAUUGGAGCCUUGGCUAUGGAGUCAUCUUUGGUAGAAAGUACUUUACUCCCAAGGUGUACUUUUCGACACGAAUUCAGAUUAGUCGAGCUCCAAAGUGGAUACUAAUUACCUAGUGAGAUACCAAAUGAAAAAAGCCAAUGCUCUUGUAGCAAAUUUGAAAUUUGUAGCAAUAUACUUAUCCUAGUGGGCAAUUAGCAUGAAUGCAUGAUCUACUCCUCAAAGCUAGAAAAUAAAGAAAAAAAGAAGAAAAAUCCCCAAGUAAUAACCCAUUCCACGCAUGAAGAAGGGGUGCAAAACCAAAUGAACUCGGAUGGUGGGUUGAAAAUGAGAAAAUCAUGCAUGCAAAACAAUAGUCUUUUAAAGGUAGCUGCUUUGCCUUUCCUUUAAUGUUCAAUACACCAUAUCUCUAGUAAUGGCAACCAUGUUAACCUUCAUUGCCCUCUCUUUUAUCACUACAUGGGAGCCCUUCAUGGCAAAUGCAAAAAUCUUCAUAGUUCUAAUGAAAGAUGCCCCUUUUGUAUCUACAAAAUCAAAGAAUUUUGAAGAUAUUGAUACAUACAAAGAAAACAUGAGAAAACAACAUGACAUGCUUCUAGGAUCUCUCCUAGAAAGAAGUGUGUAUACCAAAGUUUACAGCUAUACUCAUUUGAUCAAUGGAUUUGCCAUCCAUCUGACAUCUGCUGAGGCCCUUGAUAUUCUGCAGAAUGCAGAAGGCGUUAGAGCCAUUUAUGAAGAUGUGAAGAUGAAGAAGUUGACAACACAUACACCUGACUUUUUAGGACUUCGUGCUGGUGUCUGGCCGAAAUUAGGUGGCCCUAUGGCUUCAGGAGCAGGCGUUGUGAUUGGUCUGAUUGACACUGGAAUCAAUCCAUUCCAUCCGAGUUUUUUAUCUCAAGCAUCAAAUGGUGCUGGAAAGGGUACAGUUGUGAAAAGUGGAAAAUUCAAAGGGAAGUGUGUCACGGGGGAUAGAUUUCCAGAAAUAGCCUGCAACAACAAGAUAGUUGGAGCACAAUAUUUUGCAAGAGCUGCAACUGCUGCUGGAGAAUUUAACACCUCUCGUGACUAUGCUUCCCCUUUUGAUGCUGAUGGACAUGGAAGCCAUACAGCAUCAACUGCAGCAGGAAAUCAUCAUGUUCCUGUCAUCGUCAACCAUUUCAACUAUGGCUACGCAAGUGGUAUGGCUCCAGGAGCAGGGAUUGCUGUGUAUAAGGCCAUGUACUCUUUUGGAGGUUUCAUGUCAGAUGUUGUGGCUGCAGUAGAUCAGGCAGUUGAAGAUGGAGUGGAUAUACUAAGCCUUUCUGUAGGGCCAGCAAGUGUUCCUUCCGGUCCUUCUGCUUUCCUCAAUGUUCUGGAAAUGCAGCUUUUAUUUGCAACAAGAGCUGGUGUGCUGGUUGUUCAAGCUGCUGGAAAUGGCGGUCCUUCUUCAACUUCCAUUCUUUCCUUUAGUCCAUGGAUCACAAGUGUUGCUGCCUCUACUACAGAUCGUAGAUAUAACAAUUCAAUUGUUCUAGGCAAUGAACAUAGCUUCUCUGGCAGUGGCCUUUCACCCCCAACGCUUUCAGGAGUGUAUUUCCCACUUGCUGCUGCAUCUGAUGUUUGUAAAGGGAACACUACUUCUGCUCUCUUGACAGUAGAGAGCUGCCAGGAGACAGAACCAUUUGUUCGAACUUUGGUUCAUGGGAAGAUAGUAAUAUGCACGUAUACCUUUGAUUUUGAAUCAGAGGCAGCAAGCAUAGCCACUGUUGCUGAUACAAUACAAAAAAUCGGGGCUGCUGGAUUUGUACUGACAAUGGACCCUGAUAUUGGUUCUGAACAAAUUAAGGGAGCUACUAUGACUUUGUCGGUACCUGGUCUAAUCUUAAACAACAUGGAAGCCUCCACGGCUCUGCGCGAAUACUAUAACUCGAACACAUUAAGAAGUAGAAGCGGAAAGGCUAUUAGUUUCAGAGCUACAGCAAGAAUUUUAGACGGGAGAGAAGCUAGUUAUACGAGGCAGGAUCCAGUUGUGGCAUCGUAUUCAUCUAGAGGUCCUGAUGUGAACAAUGCACUCUUAGACGCCGCUGACGUCCUUAAACCAAACAUCAUGGCUCCGGGAUCCUCGAUAUGGGCUUCCUGGAGCCCUGCUAGUGAAGGAGAUCAAUACAUCAAAGGACAGAAUUUUGCACUAUUAUCUGGAACGAGCAUGGCUACUCCACACAUUGCUGGAAUUGCUGCUCUGAUAAAACAAAAGCAUCCCGGGUGGAGUCCUGCAGCCAUUACAUCUGCAAUGAUGACAACUGCAGAUGUAACUGGCCGCUCUAGCACCCCAAUUUUAGCCCAACAAACCAACCAGCUGUCUCCAGCUACUCCGUUUGAUUUUGGAGCCGGACUUGUCAAUCCAUCUCGAGCCAUUGAUCCUGGACUUGUUUUUAAGGCAAGUUUUAAACACUACGUGCUAUUUUUAUGCUCAGUUCCAGGAGUCGAUGAAAUGUCUGUAAGACGAGCAGUUGGAGUUGGAUGUCCGAAUAAGAAAAAAGCAUGGUGCUCAGAUUUAAACACGCCAAGUGUGACAAUUUCAAAUUUGGUAGGCUCGAGAAAUGUGAUCAGGAGGGUGACUAACGUGGGAGGUGUAGAUGAAAAAUAUGAGGUGAUCGUGCAAGAGCCUCUAGGUGUGAGUGUUUCUGUAACACCAAAAGUGUUUAAGAUCAUUGCAAAUGCUUCAAGACAUAUUAACAUUGUCCUAAAUGCAACUCAAACAACCAAUGUUUACUCAUUCGGCGAAAUCGUGUUCCAAGGUAACAAAAAGCACACGGUUCGCGUGCCUUUAGCUGUGUUUGUAAGCAGCACUUUACAGUGAUGAUGCUCUUGUAUAUAUCUUCAAUAAAUAAAGUUUUGCAUUUUAGCAUACACUGUAAUCAGACUAAGAUUGACUGUAAUGCAGUUUACCUAAAUUAGCGAAAUUCAUUCAGGUGACCUUCUUCUAAAUAGGGGAAAGAAAAAGAAGUAAAAUGAAAU